UGUCGGGUCACUCGGAUUGGGCGGCCCGAGUACAGGGUGUAACUAUCACAGAUCUGCGGGUGUAAAACUCAGACGAUCCCAAACAGAGGAGGCGGUGAUCCGUCAUGCUACAUACAUGCGCUGAUGUCACACCUGGCCACAUCCAUGCCGGGAUAAGUGUGACCUCAGGGACUGGCACCUAGGCUACACACGUGUCAUCACACAUACACUCUGUAAAUGUAUUGCAGUCUGAGGCCGGGGGUGGAACACUACACACAUCUGGAUAUACAGCUAACAUAUAAUACAGGUGAUGGUUUCUGCUGAGCGUAGAGCUGGUCUCUAGUGGUACGUUGAGGGAGAAUGAACACAGAAGAAGUGGAGUUACUGAGUAACUCCAAAUACAGAAAUUAUGUGGCAGCCGUGGACAAAGCAUUGAAGAAUUUUGAGUAUUCCAGUGAGUGGGCUGAUCUGAUAUCUGCACUUGGGAAGUUGAAUAAGGUAUUACAGAAUAAUGCAAAAUAUCAAGUUGUCCCUAAGAAGCUAACUAUAGGGAAACGCCUGGCGCAAUGCCUCCACCCAGCAUUACCAGGGGGUGUUCACAGGAAAGCUCUGGAAACAUACGAAAUCAUUUUCAAAAUUAUUGGACCAAAGCGCCUAGCCAAGGACCUCUUUUUAUACAGUGCUGGCCUUUUUCCUCUGCUUACAAAUGCUGCUAUGUCUGUGAAACCAGCAUUACUUAGUCUGUAUGAAAUGUAUUACCUACCUUUGGGCAAGACUUUAAAACCAGGCCUGCAAGGACUGCUCACUGGUAUACUUCCCGGCUUGGAGGAGGGCUCUGAAUAUUAUGACAGAACUAACACCCUCCUGGAGAAGGUGGCCUCAGCAGUGGAGCAAUCUGCCUUUUACAGUGCUCUAUGGGGUAGUCUGCUCACCAGCCCUACAGUGCGCCUGCCUGGCAUCACAUAUGUCCUGUCACAUCUGAAUCGGAAGCUAUCAAUGGAAGACCAGCUGUACAUCAUUGGAAGUGACAUUGAAUUAAUGGUGGAGGCCGUGAGCACAUCCGUGCAAGACUCCAGUGUCCUGGUUCAGAGGAGCACAUUAGACCUCAUCCUGUUUUGUUUCCCUUUCCAUAUGAGUCAGGCGACUCGUCCUGACAUGAUCCAUAUUCUGUCAGCUGCCCUCCGGGUUGUCUUACGCAGAGAUAUGUCCUUAAAUAGGCGUCUUUAUGCAUGGCUCCUGGGAUUUGACAACAAUGGGGCAAUUGUAGGACCAAGAAGUGUGAGACAAAGAAAUCCAGAGGAACAUGCCUCUUACUAUUUUAGCAGUUUCUCCAAGGAACUCUUGGUGCAGGCUAUGGUGGGAAUUUUACAAGGAAAAGAACUGAGCAGGGAAAAUUCACUUAUGCAAGACCUAAAGCCAUUUCGCAUCCUCAUAAGUCUGCUGGACAAACCUGAGCUUGGCCCUGCUAUUCUGGAAGAUGUGCUAAUUGAGGUGUUCAGGACAUUAUACACACAGUGCAAAGCAGAGCUUGAUCUUCAAACACAAACUCCGUUCAGUAAGGACCCUGCACAGCUGAGUAGUAAAUUGAGGGAAAACAAGAGGACUGCAGAGCUCAUUAAAACAGCCAACCUUUUGUUUAACUCCUUUGAGCCUUACUACAUGUGGGAUUACAUUGCACGUUGGUUUGAAGAAUGCUGCAGGAGGACACUACAUGCAAGGCUUCAGUCUUCAUCUAAUGACGGCAGUAAUCCACCAGAGUUACCACUUAUCAAUUUUUGCUUGCUAGUGGAUUUCUUGCUGGACAUAGUGUCUUUGCCUACUAGAAGUAUGAGAGUGAUUUGUCAGGAGACAUAUAUUGAAAUACAGACGGAACAUCUUCCUCAGCUGCUUCUCCGGAUGAUUUCUGCUCUAACCAGCCACCUUCAAGCUCUAGACCUCAAGGAGUUGACUGACUCACUACGGCUUUGUUCAAAAAUCCUCAGCAAGGUUCAACCUCCCCUUCUAUCUGCUGGCACUGGAGGUGCUUUUCAGCUUCCUACUGCACAAAAUGGCUCUAGUAAAGAAAGGGAGGAUAGGAAGCUGUCCUCAGUCACACUGGAAAAUCCAGGUGAUGUGUUUGAAGAUGGCGAGAACCCUCCAAGCAGUCGAUCUUCUGAGAGUGGCUUUACAGAGUUUGUGCAAUACCAGGCAGACAAAGCUGAUGAUAUUGACAGGGUACAGGGUGAUGGGCAAGAGGCAGCUGGUCUGCCCUUAGGUAGCACUUCAUCAGAAACUGAAACAGCAUCUACUGUGGGUUCUGAAGAUACAGUGGUGCAACACAGCUCCAGGAGUGCACAGGGAACAGCUACAUGGAAUUUAAAGGCAACCCAGAAAACAUCAAUGCAGUGCUGCCUGGAGUAUUUCCAACAGUUCCUCACUAGACUCAUUAUUCUCUAUGUUAUUCCCGAGAAUUCAGCACCUAAAGCACUUUCAGUCAACCUACCAGGAGAAUCCUCUGGAGGUGAAAUAGACAAUAGUAAAUGGGAGGCCCCUACAACCGAACAUGCUACAGAAAAUACAAUAAGCAAGCAAGUUGCACCAAAAGAUUACCACCCUGCCUUUAUCGCUGCUUGUCAGCUGUUCCUUGAAUGUUCCAGCUUCCCUGUGUACAUUGCAGAAGGCAGUCACACUUCAGACAUUCAUCCUGGGAAGGCAGAAGUGGACUGUGAGAAAGUGCAUCCCCCCGUAUGGCUGCAGACCCUCAUGAAUGUGUGCGGUGCAGCCGUAGACUUUAGCAUACAGAGUGUCGCCAUAUCACUAGUGAUGGACCUGGUUGGCCUGACACAGUCUGUUGCUGUCGUAGCUGGAGAAAAGGCAAAUGGUUUGGAAGCUUCUCAGCCUUUAAGUCCAAACCAAGGGCGGGUGUCUGUAGUGAUCCGACCACCUCUUACUGAAGGCAAUUUGAGAUACAUGGCAGAGAAGACUGAUUUCUUCAAGAAUGUGGCGAUGACACUGUGGGAACAGUUAGGAGACUGGACUCCACAGCAUCAUCAGAGAAGUGUGGAACUGUUCUAUCAGCUACACAAUCUGGUCCCAUCCUCUAAUAUUUGUGAGGAUGUCAUCAGCCAGCAGCUGACGCACAAGGACAAGAAAAUUAGGAUGGAGGCUCAUGGGAGAUUUGCAGUCCUGUGGCACCUUACCAGAGACCUUCAUGUGAACAAGUCUUCAUCCUACGGUCGCACAUUUGACAGGUCACUUUUCAUUAUGCUGGACAGUCUGAACAGCUUAGAUGGCUGCACGUCAUCUGUCAGCCAAGCCUGGUUACAUCAAGUGCUCCAGAGACAUGACAUAGCAAGAGUCCUUGAGCCACUGCUUCUCUUGCUCCUUCAUCCAAAGACUCAGCGAAUAUCUGUGCAGCGAGUCCAGGCUGAGAGACAUUUGAGUAAAUCCAUUCGAAACUUGGAAGAUAAUAGGAAAAUCUUUAGCAAGACGUGUAAUGGCAGUGAUGCGUUCGUCAGCACACAGAUCUGUUCUGGGACAACAUCUAAACAAGCUCUUAUGGACGAGAUGGAGACUUUUAGCCUUACAGUGAAUCCUUUGAGUGAUAGACUUUCCCUCCUGAGCACCAGCAGUGAGACCAUCCCAAUGGGAGUGUCAGAUUUUGAGCUUCCAGACCAGCAAAUCGAGAUCCUGCAGAGCUCAGACUCUGGAUGUUCUCAGUCUUCAGUGGGAGAUGAGGUGGAUGCAGAGAGUUUAACUGCUCAAGAUAACUGUGUGAACUCGAAGGAGGACACGGUCGAUGAGAUAGUUCAACAGGUUAUUUCUGACUUGAUUUGCACCGUUCUUAGAAAUGUUGGUGAAGAUCCUGAAUUCAAUUACUCAUACAUCGAUCAUGUAGAUACAUUUAACAAGAUAAAUCUAUGCAGCCCAGCAGUAGAUGAAACUGGUAAUGAGGAUGAAGUAGCUCAAGGGAAUGAGCGUAAUCUCACGGUCAGAGAGCAGUCUAAUUUUCUGCCUGUGUCUGCAGAGGUUGGCAUUGAAAGCUUGGCAAAUGCUAUCUCCAGGAACUUAUCUUCUCCCUCAAUGAUGCAUCAACAGAUACCCACUGACUUCAGUUCUGAUAUGAUGAAGGGGCACCACAAGAAAAGGAGUCAAAACAGCAUCCAGUUUAACUUCAAAGGGAGGGGUACAGAAAGGGACGUAAAUGGCAAAGAGGGUGGUAAACCGACCGGAACAAAACCUAAAGUUAAAAUGCCCAGAAGGAAAGAUGAUGACAAAAAAAGGGCACAAAAUGAAAAAUUAAAGCAAGCCAAUGUUUUCUUCAGCGAUGGAUUAGAUUUGGAGAACUGGUAUAGUUGUGGAGAAGGAGAAAUCUCAGAAAUUGAAAGUGAUGUGGGCUCUCCCGGUAUACGUAAAUCUCCACAUUUUAAUAUCCACCCUCUUUACCAGCAUGUUUUAUUAUACCUCCAGCUGUAUGACUCCUCGCGAACGUUAUAUGUGUUGUCUUCUAUAAAAGCCAUAUUAAAAACAUGCCCCACAGUGUUUGUCAGUGCGAUCUCCACUACCAGCGUAAAUAAUGCAUACACUCCUCAGCUGUCUUUGCUUCAGAAUCUAUUGGCAAGGCAUCGAAUCUCUGUGAUGGGAAAAGAUUUUUAUAGCAAUAUUCCACUGGACUCCAACCACAAUUUCCGGAGCUCCAUGUAUAUAGAAAUCCUGAUUUCACUUUGUUUGUAUUUUAUGAGAAGCCACUAUCCAACUCAUGUUAAAGUGUCACAGCAAGAUCUCAUAGGCAACCGCAACAUGCAGAUGAUGAGCAUUGAAAUCCUGACCUUGCUGUUUACAGAGUUGGCAAAGGUCAUAGAAAGCUCAGCUAAGGGCUUUGCUAGCUUUAUCUCCGAUAUGUUGUCCAAGUGCAAGGUCCAGAAAGUGAUUCUGCACUGUUUACUCUCUUCAAUCUUCAGUGCUCAGAAGUGGCACAACGAGCGCAUGUCUGAGAAGAAUAUAAUGGCCAUUGAGGAAGGCUUUUCUGAGGACAGUCUCAUUAACUUUUCCGAAGAUGAGUUAGACAAUGGCAGUACAUUACAGUCCCAACUAUUAAAAGUUCUUCAGGGACUUAUUGUUCUAGAACAUCGUGUGUUAACCAUUCCAGAAGACAGUGAAGCAGGCUUUGAUUUUGUCAUCACUGAUCUAGAGCAGAUCAACCCUCAGCAGCCAAUGACCUCCCUCCAAUAUAUGCAUUCCCAGCCAAUCACAUGCCAGGGAAUGUUUCUCUGUGCGGUUAUCAGGGCUUUACACCAGCAUUACACAUGUAAAAUGCACCCUCAAUGGAUAGGUCUCAUUACCUCCACCUUGCCUUACAUGGGAAAAGUCUUGCAGAAAGUAGUAGUUUCGGUAACAUUACAGCUUUGUAGAAAUCUUGAUAAUUUACUCCAGCAAUACAAGUAUGAAACCGGAUUAUCUAACAACAGGCCUCUGUGGAUGGCAUCCUUUAUCCCACCAGACAUGAUCCUGACUCUCCUAGAAGGCAUUACAACUAUCAUUCACUACUGCCUGCUUGAUCCAUCAGCACAGUACCACCAGCUUAUGGUCAAUGUAGAUCAGAAGCAUUUACUGGAAGCACGUAGUGGAAUCCUGUCUAUCCUGCAUUUGAUAAUGUCAUCAGUCACUCUGCUGUGGAGCAUCCUACAUCAGGCGGACACUACUGAGAAAACCUUUACAGCUGCUGCUGCCUCCGUUACUACAAUCAAUCUUGGGUCAACAAAGAACCUGAGACAGCAGAUUUUGGAGCUACUGGGCCCUAUUUCCAUGAACCAUGGAGUGCAUUUUAUGGCUGCUAUUGCAUUUGUAUGGAAUGAAAGAAGACGGAACAAAAACUCUGCACGCACAAAGGUUAUCCCGUCAGCAAGUGAAGAACAACUUCUGCUUGUUGAGCUGGUUCGUUCCAUCAGUGUAAUGAGGACAGAAACAGUUAUACAGACAGUGAAGGAAGUACUAAAACAACCGCCUGCCAUAGCGAAGGACAAGAAGCACCUUUCACUUGAGGUCUGCAUGCUACAGUUCUUUUAUGCCUAUAUUCAGAGGGUCCCCGUGUCUAAUCUUGUGGACAGCUGGGCUUCUUUACUUGUUCUUCUAAAAGAUUCAAACCAACUCAAUCUUCCAGCACCGGGGCAAUUCCUAAUACUGGGGGUUUUAAAUGAGUUCAUUAUGAAAAAUCCAACUCUAGAUAACAAGAAGGACCAGAGAGAUUUGCAGGAUGUCACUUAUAAAAUCGUAGAUGCCAUUGGUGCAGUUGCCGGUUCAUCAUUGGAGCAAACUACAUGGUUAAGGAGAAAUCUGGAAGUGAAGCCUUCCCCUAAAAUAACUGUAGAUGGAACCAUUCCAGAAUCUGAUGUUGAAGACAUUAUGCUGUCUCCAAUGAUGGAAAUAUCACACAUCACCCCUUCGGUGUAUAGUGUACAUGCACUCACGUUACUUGCUGAGGUUCUUGCUCAUUUGCUGGAUAUGGUAUUUUACAGUGAUGAGAAGGAGAAAGUUAUCCCUUUACUUGUCAAUAUCAUGCAUUACGUAGUACCCUAUUUACGUAACCACAGUGCUCAUAAUGCUUCCAGUUACCGUGCUUGUGUGCAGCUACUAAGCAGUCUCAGUGGCUAUCAGUACACCAGACGCACAUGGAAGAAGGAAGCCUUUGAUCUCUUCAUGGAUCACAACUUCUUUCAGAUGGAUGGCUCCUGUGUUAGUCACUGGAGGGCAAUCAUGGACCAUCUGAUGACACAUGACAAAACCACAUUUCGAGACUUAAUGACACGUGUAGCUGUGGCUCAGAGCAGUUCUCUCAGUCUGUUCACUAACCGGGAUGCUGAGCUGGAGCAGAGGGCAAUGCUGCUGAAGAGACUGGCCUUUGCUAUCUUCAGCAGUGAGAUUGACCAAUAUCAGAAAUUUCUUCCUGACAUACAAGAAAGACUAGUUGAGAGCUUGCGGCUGCCACAAGUGCCCACUCUACAUUCCCAGGUUUUCCUAUUUUUCCGAGUAUUGCUCCUCCGAAUUUCUCCUCAACACCUCACCUCCUUAUGGCCAACCAUGAUCACUGAGCUGGUACAAGUGUUUCUGUUAAUGGAGCAGGAACUUACGGCAGAUGAAGAUAUAACCAGGAUUUCUGGUCCUUCUGUUGCUGGUCUGGAGACAACAUACACUGGUGGAAAUGGAUUCUCCACAUCAUACAACAGCCAGCGCUGGCUAAACUUCUACCUGUCCGCAUGUAAAUUCCUAGACUUGGCCCUGGCAUUGCCCUCUGAUAAUCUGCCUCAGUUUCAGAUGUAUCGCUGGGCAUUUAUCCCAGAAGCAUCAGAUGAUUCAGGGUUAGAAGUGCGACGGCAAGGCACCCAUCAGAGGGAAUUUAAACCAUAUGUUGUUCGCCUAGCAAAACUCUUACGAAAAAGAGCAAAGAAAAAUCCAGAAGAUGACUGCUCAGGGAGAAUAUUAGACUGGGACCCGGGACAUUUGCUGCUUACAUUGUCCACCAUCCGCAGCAUGGAACAGCUGCUGCCUUUUUUCAAUGUUCUCAGUCAAGUCUUCAAUAGCAAAGUUACAAGCAGAUGUGUUGGAGACUCAGGCAGCCCAGUACUGUACCAAAACUCUUUUCCCAACAAGGAUAUGAAGUUGGAGAACCAGAAAAUGUUCUCCAGCAAAGCAAGGCAGAAAAUAGAGGAGAUGCUGGAGAGGGACUUUUUAGAAGGAGUAUUGAAGAGCUGAUCGGUUUCAUGCUACCAUUCACUCCUGAUUUUACUGACAUACAUUGUUUUAUAUGGGCUUUUUCUUUCUUUUUACUUUGUAUGUACUGCAACAAAUCUGGUUCUGACUAUUUAAUUUAAAUAUUUUUAUUUGUAAAUAAAAGUGAAAAUUCUGGAUGUGACUUACAGUAAUCUUGUUAAUGUACUGUCUCCCAACAUCAUGCUGCAUAAAUUAUUUGUCUUAUGUUGUUGAUUGCUCAGAAACAAAAAACAAACAAAAAAAAUUAAUACAGAUUUGACAAUUUUU